AUGGAUCUCUACCUUUGUUUUCUCUGCUGUGCUUUUGUUGCUUCUUUCAUUCUCGUCUUGUUUUACUUAGUAAUUUGUUCAGUACUACCCAAAUUCUCGAAAGCAAGACAAACUGCUCAUAUCAUCAGCUGCAAGCUAGGUGUCAUGAACAGUGUCAUCAUGUCAAGUCUCAUUCAGAGGCUUAGACCCCUUGUGGGUUUGAAAGGAUGGGAUUUUUGUGUUGUCUGGAAACUAAAUGAAGAUCAAAGGUUUGUUGAGUGGAUGGAUUGUUGCUGUUCCGGGACUGAAAUUACUCAAGGUGGUGGAUAUGAAGACCAUCUUCUUCUUCCAGUAGUUUCUGCAGUCCUUCCUUGUAGGGAUACCUUGGUGCAGCAUCCAAGAACCAGAUCUUGUGAUCUUAUUUCCAAAAUGUCUUCUACGGUUUCCCUAGACUCCGGGAUAUAUGCAGAGACUUUAGUGUCCAACCAACCGAGUUGGUUAAACUUCUGUAAUUCAAGCUCUUAUUUCUUUUGACACUUGCAGGAAGCUGUUGGGACCAGGGUUUUGAUGCCAAUACCAGGAGGACUAAUUGAGCUUCUUGUUGCCAAACAAGUACUCGAAGACCAGCAUGUUAUUGAUUUCAUCACAGAGCAAUACAACAUCUCAAUGGUACAUGACCAACAUCUAAAUAUUGGUACAAACUAUGGUGUAAACUCAGACACAAUGACUCGAGCUGAAAUCCAAUCAAAGCAAGUACUUUUAGAGCACGAACAAAUGGACCCCAGCAAUCAUAUUUUCAGCUCCAGUGAUAACUCUGCCAUGAACUUCUUGCAGCAGUUUACUCACAACUUGGGAAACAGGAUGAGGAGCAGUAGUUAUAAUGUCAAUUCUUUUGAGGAUUCAUCACAUGAACUUCUGUCUGAUAAGCAAAUGGACCACACCUCUAAUAAUUGUUCCGCAAAAUUUGGGUUUGAUCAAGCAAUGGAGUCAAUGCAGCAGUCAAUAUCGAUGAGUGAGACACAAGCUACACACCACAUGCAUAUGCAAUUUAUGGAUCAGUCAUUAGAACCAGACAUUGAUCAUGAGCAGGAAGCCGGCAAUAAUGACAUGGAUUCAAAUUUUGUAAAUGAAGAUGGAGAGCAAGCUACAGACCUGAACUCAGAUUGCAGUGAUCAUGAUCAGCUUGACGUUGAGGAUGAUUUAAAAUAUCGGAGGAAGAACGGUAAAGGGCAGGCCAAAAACCUUGUUGCAGAGAGAAAGAGAAGGAAGAAGCUUAAUGACAGGCUUUAUGAACUUAGGUCUUUAGUUCCCAAUAUCUCUAAGUUGGACAGAGCUUCAAUUCUUGGGGAUGCAAUAGAGUAUGUGAUGGAGUUGCAGAACCAAGUUAAGAAACUCCAAGAUGAACUUGGCGAUGAUCACGAUCACGAAGAUGAUCAUCAAAUUCAUGAAGGUGCUGCAAAUAGGAAGUGUGGCCAACAUAACAGUAUACAAUCAGAGAUUGAUCAGAGUCAAAGUGGGAUUGAUCUUAAAACUGAGCAAAUUGAUCAUAAAUGUCCAAAUGAGUUUCAUUUGAGAACAUCAGGAGACAAUAGUGCCUCGAAACAAAGCCCCGAAUCAGAAGUUAUCCAUGAUCGCAAGACACAGCAGAUGGAGCCCCAAGUGGAAGUAGCUCAGAUAGAGGGGAAUCAGUUCUUUGUGAAGGUAUUCUGUGAGCACAAACCUGGUGGAUUUGUGAGAUUGAUGGAGGCUUUGAGCUGUCUGAGCCUUGAAGUUACUAAUGCCAAUGUAACUAGCUUCAGAUGCCUUGUCUCCAAUGUCUUCAUUGUAGAGAAAAAGGAUAGUGAACUAGUUGGAGCUGAUGAAGUGAGAGACUCAUUGCUAGAGCUAACAAGGAAUCCAUUAAAAUGGCGCAGUGAUGAAAUGGCGAAAGCAUCGGAGGUUGAGAUUGGCUCGGACAACAAUCAUCAUCAUCAAUCCCAUCACCAAAACCUCCACAACAACCAUUUCAGUCCCUAUUAAUUACAUCAUCUUCCUACUGAAGCAUAA